AUGGCAGACGUCGACAGCCCUUCAGGAAACCCAGGACGUACCGUUAUAUACUGUGGAGAGGCCCUCGAAGCAUCCACCUCAGCGCUCUCCCUCGACGCCCAGAAGCGAGCCGCCCGAGACGCCGAGAAGAAGGCAGCCAAGGCCGAAGCCGCCGAGGCCAAGCAGGCCGACAAGCUAGCCAAGAGCAUCAUCACUAUCAAGCGCAUCGAGCGCAACAAGAAGAAGUUUGUCACGGCUGUCAUUGGCCUCGAGGCCUUUGGUUUGGAUCUGAAAAAGGUUGCCAAGGACCUGGGCAAAAAGUUUGCUACUGGCUCAUCAGUCACCAAGGUCCCCAGCGGCGGAGAAGAGAUCGUCGUACAGGGAGACGUCAGCGAGGAGCUCGAGGAGUUCCUCGUCGAAAAGUACAAGGAGGUCCCUGAAGACAACAUCGAGCUGGUGGAUGAUAAGAAGAAGAAGAAAGCUUCUGCCGCGUGA